CUCUUCGGUGAUUGAAAACCAGAUGAGCUGCUGAUGCGAGGAUGAUUCACACGAAGGCUUCUCGUUGCGUCCGAUAAACAGAUAGGAAUAAAGCUUACAAUCUUUAAUUUGGUGAGCGGAUUCUAGUGAGAGUUUUAUCGGUUGGUAGUGAUUUGGAGUGAAUUCUGAGACUUAGUCAAAUGUGAUGAGAGGAGAGAAAAAAUAGCCGAAAUCCUCUUGUUCAAUGGCGGAGAAAACGCUAUCGAUCGCUGUGAAUUUGGAAUAUUGUAAAUAGAUGUCACUGUAAGAGAAGACUUCAUCCCCCGUGGUACGACCCCAUGUCGCGUCCCCAGGGGCGGACUUCUCAUGGACACAAGGAGGAGCAGUAUGUGGGGCCAUACAAACUGGAAAAGACCCUGGGAAAGGGGCAGACGGGUUUGGUCAAGAUGGGGAUUCACUGCGUCACAGGGAAGCGUGUGGCCAUCAAGAUCGUCAACAGAGAGAAGCUGAGUGAAUCCGUGCUGAUGAAGGUUGAACGAGAAAUAGCCAUAAUGAAGCUAAUAGAGCACCCUCAUGUUCUUGGGCUGUUUGAUGUGUACGAAAAUAAAAAAUAUUUGUACCUGGUUCUGGAGCAUGUGUCAGGAGGGGAGCUGUUUGAUUACCUGGUCAAGAAAGGUCGCCUCACCCCCAAGGAGGCACGCAGGUUCUUCCGACAAAUCAUCUCCGCCCUGGACUUCUGUCACAGUCACAACAUAUGUCACAGAGAUUUGAAGCCCGAGAACCUGCUACUUGAUGAUAAGAACAAUAUUCGUGUAGCGGACUUUGGUAUGGCGUCGCUCCAGGUGGAAGGAUCCAUGUUGGAAACCAGUUGUGGGUCCCCCCACUAUGCUUGUCCAGAGGUUAUUCGGGGAGAAAAGUAUGAUGGAAGAAAAGCAGAUGUUUGGAGUUGUGGAGUUAUACUAUAUGCGUUACUCGUGGGAGCUCUUCCUUUUGAUGAUGACAAUCUCAGGCAGCUUUUGGAAAAAGUGAAAAAGGGAGUAUUUCACAUUCCACAUUUUGUUUCCCCUGACUGCCAGAAUCUGCUGAGGGGGAUGAUUGAGGUCAAUCCAGAACUCCGGCUGACGCUUGAACAGAUCCACAGGCAUUCCUGGGUGGUGGUGGAUAGUCACGGAUUAGUAGAGCUAGAAUUACCUGUUUCUCAGGUGGUUGAGACAUCUGUGAUACCCUCAGUGGAAGACCUUGACCCCGAUGUGCUAUCAACCAUGAACUCCUUACAGUGCUUUAAGGACAAGGACAAACUGGUCCAAGAACUCCUCAAUUCAAAACACAACACAGAGAAAGUGGUAUACUUCUUGUUGUUAGACCGAAAACUCAGGAACCCCAGCAUUGAGGACGACCACGAAAUCAGACUGCGCUCCGAAUCUGUUGUCAGUUCUGGUUUGUGUUCUCGCUUAGCUGACCCUCCCCGUAAACGAGUGGACGCUGUACAGCUGAAUCAUCAGAACGGCCAGCCAAGACUGUCACUGGGAAGUAUUAGUGAGGGAUCCCCUGUUGCCUCCCGGCGGGCCCUGGCUGUACAGAGAGUCCGUAAAGCCAGCCUUUCAAGUAGUCCGAGUAGUUCCCCUAUAUCCAGUGCAAGGAUCUCCGCUAGGGGGCCAACCCACAGCCCCUCAGCCACGCCACCGGGGUCCCCCUCCAUCCAGAACAACCCUUGGAGGUCUCGACUCCACACCAUCAAGAACAGCUUCCUGGGCUCUCCCCGAUUUCAUCGGCGGAAACUCCAAGGUAUUCCAUACGGUAACCAUGGUAACGGGUAUUAUGUGGAGGUGGCACCGCCCCUGUUGACAGUGCCUACAGAGGACAUUUCAAUGACACCUGACUCUUCUCCUGAGAUGACCAAGAAGUCCUGGUUUGGAGCUUUGAUGGGGAACGAGAGAGAAGAACAUCAUUUCAUCAUGGCUCAAAAUAAACCUCUAAGUCAGGUCAAGGCUGACCUAGUUCAUGCUCUUUUGUCGACUGCUGACCUGAGCCACAGCGUAGUGUCAGCGACCUCAUUCCGAGCAGAGUACCGUCGGUCGGGGAGUUCCGCCAUGUUCUCCAGGAAUGUCCGGUUCCAGAUGGAUAUAACUCCCACCCACGGAGGAAGCUCCGAUUGUGUCAUGUACUGUCUCACCUUCACACUUAUAUCAGGGCCAUCAAGGCGUUUCCGACGAGUGUGUGAACACCUCCAGAACCUGAUGCUGGGACCUCGAGGUGAUGCUCUCAAUCAGCGGAAGAUCAGCACAGACAGCACCUCCUCCUACACCUCAGAGACAGGGGAGUCACCUCGACACAGCAGCUCGGCUCGGGAAAAUGGCGAGGAAGAGGUGUUUGAUCGCUAUCCCAGCUACCGAGUCUCCAAGACCCCCACCCCCACUAGACGGGAGGUUCCCCGCGUCAUCACCAAUGGCAAAAGGGCCAUAGUGGACCAUAGCUUUAGAAAAGACAAACUAUGACGUGGAUUGCACAAAAUAGCCCUUCUAGUUCUGUCUCUAAAGCUAUUGAACAUUUAUAUGUGUGUAGAAGAUUAGUCUCUCUGUUGCUGAAUAAUGAAGUCUGUGAUGAAUUGACUUUGUGUAACUGUGUGCAAGUUUAUGUGAAGGAUUACUCAUUCAGUAGAAAAAAUAACUGUCUCAGAACUGUAUGCAUGAUCUGCUUUAUUUUGAAAAAUUUCGAACGAAUUGAGCAGUCCUAAAGUACAUUGCCACUCUGCCAUGAUUAGUCUGUUUGUCUGUCUGUCUGUCCUCAGAGGAUGUGUUUGUGUUGUGUUACCUCUCUAUGGCCCAAUACAGGCGCUGUCAUCUAAUAGUUACAAUAGUAGCAAUACUGCAGAUUCAAAAAACAAUAUUUAUAGAAAGUUAAUGUAGGAUAACAUUUAAUCAAUUACAACGCUUUGGUGUGCAUUAUUUUGUUGAGAUAAGCUGCACAAUAAGGUUCCUUUGUAACCUCCAAAGUUAAAAUCAAAACAUGCUUAUGUAGACUUCAGUGCCAGUACUUCAUACUAAGGUCUUUUGAAUCUGCUUAAGCGGAUUCAAAAACAUUGUUACAACAACUGAUAAUACUGCACAGAAUGAUAAUGUAAGAAACAGUGAUCAUACAUCUAUACAUGCAAGUUAUUCUGAUAAAACAUGAGUUUGUUUAUUAAUUUAUAUUACUAUUUGAAUAUCUUUAUCGGUUUGUUUUAAUUAUACUACAAUGUGUUGUACGGUAUCAUUACGUAUUCUGUGUCAUGUGAUCCAGUGAUCCUGUUUCAUUACCAAUGGCGACUCAUGAGUUCUUGGCACUAUUUGACCACUGAAGCCAGUGAGAGAUGUGAACUUUGUAUGAUACCUAUAGGCCAAAUUUCAUUAUGUAUAUUAUGUACCAGCUUUGAUCAUGUAUACUCCAUUACCAAAUUGUACCAGGACUUAGUGGACAUAGUCAAGGUCUUGCUUUAACAGUGGGUUGCGAAUAAUUUCACUAGGAUAAACUUGUGUUACCGAUAUCAUCUCGAAUCAUUGUGUUACUGAUAUCAACUUUAUUUCCAGUAUCUGCAAUAGUGACCCGAGUUCCAGUGUCAUCGAGUUGUUGUUUUACCGGGAUCAACUCAAGUUACGCGACACUCGGAUCAAGUCAAAUCCUGUAUCUGACAUUUACCAUGUUACAUUGAAAUCUUUCCAUUUUAAUAUGACUUUUAUGAAUUAAUUCAAAAUAAUAACAGAUUUACAACUCAA